CUGAGCGGAUCCGAAGCCAGUUUCCCUUCGUCUGAUUGGCCGGCCCCUCGUGUCUGUAAUAUGAUGGUUCUGAGGAAACUCUGUCGGACAUCUCUUAGUUUUAGUGUGAAUAAAAUAAGACAUUUUAGUUCUAAGCAGGACCCGCCUAGGAUCUUGAUCACCGGCGGUCUCGGGCAACUCGGCGUGGAGUGCGCGAGGUACCUCCGCAACAAAUAUGGCCGCGAGAACGUCAUCCUCACCGACAUCAUCAAGCCGUCGACGGAAGUCGCCAACGACGGGCCCUACAUCUUCGCCGACAUCCUCGACUUCAAGGGACUGCAGAAGAUAGUCGUCGACCACAGAGUGGACUGGCUCAUCCACUUCUCCGCUCUGCUCAGCGCCAUCGGUGAACAGAACGUGCCUCUGGCGGUGCGAGUCAACAUCGAGGGCAUGCACAAUGUGAUAGAGCUCGCGAAACAGUACAGACUCAGGAUCUUCGUGCCGAGCACUAUCGGCGCGUUCGGACCGGAUUCCCCGCGGAACCCGACCCCCAACGUGACGGUGCAGAGACCGAGGACAAUCUACGGGGUGUCCAAAGUACACGCGGAGUUGCUGGGAGAGUAUUAUUAUCAUAGGUUCGGGCUGGACUUCCGCUGCUUGCGGUUUCCCGGGGUCAUCUCCAGCGACCCCCCCGGUGGAGGCACUACAGACUACGCGAUCGCGAUAUUCCACGACGUCCUCCGCAAGGGCCACCACGAGUGCUACCUGAAACCGGACACUCGGCUGCCCAUGAUGCACGUGCGGGACGCCCUGCGAGCGCUCUCGGAGUUCCUGGAAGCCCCCAAUGAGUCGCUGAAGAGGCGCGUCUACAAUGUUACUGCCAUGAGCUUCACGCCCGAAGAACUGGCUGACAAGAUUUCUGCGCAUAUACCGGAGUUGCGGAUUAGUUACCGGCCCGACAGCCGGCAGGAUAUUGCUGACUCCUGGCCCCAAGUGUUCGACGAUAGCGAAGCGAAGAGAGACUGGAACUGGAAACCGGAAGUGCACAUGGACGACCUCGUGACCCUCAUGAUCAAGGAGGUCAAGGAGAAAAUAGCGGCCAACGGCUUCUAAGGAGUCCUCACGAGACACUGGCUAGCAGGACUAGCCACAUACAUCUGUAUAAUUAAUUCCUCUAAACUCGCGAAAAUAUCCUGGAGAUUAUGUGGAAAUAAUAGAUAGAUAGUAACUUUUUUAAAGUAAGCAUAGCUAAGUAUAUUUUUUAUAAAAUGUAAUUUUGUGUUCUUGUUAAAUGUAUUUGUAACUGUA